AUGCUGAAGUACGUGUUCGGACUUCUGGUCCUCGGACUAGUUCAGGCUAAUCCAGUACAUGAAGAUGAACCGGUUGGUUUUAUGGAAGACAUAAAACGCGGUACAAACCGUGUUUCUGGAGGUGUGCCGGCUAAAGAAGGUCAAUUUCCACACCAAGUCAAUAUCCGUAUAGUGACACUAGACGGACUUGUCACGUCCUGUGGAGGAUCCGUCAUACAUAAUGACUGGAUCAUCACGGCAACUCACUGUCUCGCCAACAUUGCCAAUCGUGUGCAACGCGAUGAUAUAGCUUUACUGAAGUUAAGGAUGACCAUUUCGUACGGGCCCACCAUCCAGCCUAUUCGUAUUCAGAGCACAGAACAGAAGGAUUACAACUACGAGAAUAAAGUUGUCGUAGUCAGCGGUUUUGGAUUCGACGACGAUUCAUGGAAUGGUGGUCAACUAUCCGAUAACCUCCUCUGGACUUACCUCCGUGGACUGAGCAACGAGGAGUGCCGUACCUUCUUCACCAGCGUGUUCCCAUCCACCGUCUGUGCUCGCUACUACAACCAUACCGAUCAAUCUGCUUGUCAUGGUGACAGCGGCGGUCCUCUGACUAUCGUAGACAGAGACGGUAAGCCCACUAUGAUAGGCUUAGUCCAAUUCGCUUCCUGGAGAGGAUGCACCAGCUACUGGCCCACAGCGUACGUCCGUCCUGGAUACUACCAGGAUUGGCUCUUUAAAAAUACUGGGAUCAACUUUGACUGGACCUACUCCGAUCUCGAAGAUAAAUCAGAUACAUUGAAUAUAAUUAAUUAG